GUACCUCUGGGUUCUCGAUACACCAGUUGAUUAAAAUAAAAAUAAGUAUAGGUGCUGGACGAAUUUCACCAAAAAUUAAAGAAGGUGCCAAGAUUUCUAUUUUGGGUCCUGUUGUGGGCAAAAAUGUUGUGUGUUCACUUUUAGAAGAAUUAUAG